AUUUGUCUAACUUAAAUAUUACGUCUUGCGACGGUAAGCAUUUGCAGAGAAAAAUGUGCGCGAUUGAGUUUUCUAAAUCUGAUCCAGCAGGCAAUUUAUACGUUAAAAUUGACUAGUAGAUUUUGUGUUUUGAGUCAAGUGCUGCACGCGUUUGGCUCGUGGCCUAUGUUUUAAAGCUAUUUUUAACUCGCCGUGUGGCGAACAAGUUUCAAGUAGUAGGAAACUACACCUUCGCGCGACCCGUUGAUUCAUUUUCGCAUCCGUUAAUUAUACUUCAGUUUUCAUGUACGAUGUAAGUAAUCGAUGGAUUUCGUAAAUUGUUCAAAACAUUCUUCAAAAAGUUGCUGCGGUCGCGAAACUGAAGUAGACAGCGAGGUCGGGAGUUGCGAUCAUAUCUACGCAAGUUUGGUCGAAUGUAAAAGCAAAGUAACGAAAAAUACGGAAGAUUUUGUUAACACCGAGCCAAAAGCGAUAACUUUUGCCAAUAAACGUAAUGAAGAUUUCCGCAAAAGGCACACCUUUACAAAUUCGAGCAGCUUCAGACGUCGGCCUUCUCCCGUUUUGUCACGCAAAAUGGCCAGCGAAGUCGAGCCGAGGGAAGUAGCGCAUUAUUCAUCGUAUAAAUUGUCGCGCGAUGCAAAUUUUCACUGUCCCAGAUGUGGACAGAGAAUGGAAGAGCCUAGACUGCUCCCUUGCUUACAUCCCAUAUGCUUGUCGUGCGUCUAUGAAUUAAUGAACAAACCUUCGUACAUUUCUUCGAAAAACGAAAUACGGGAAAUGUGUCCCUUAUGCGAUUCGCACCUGCCGAAUGUUAAUUCUGCCGUACCAGUGCCGCAUUAUCCUCUGCAACAUCGUUUAGUUAUGGACACUAUGCGACGCAAAUUGGUCAACAGGGUUCUUUGCGACACUUGCGCAGGCGAAGUUCUGGUAACGAAAGAGAUUUACAUAUUUUUGAAUAUCUUAUUGCUCUCUUCAUCUCCUUUUCAAAUUCAUUAUCGCGUAUUAUUAGUUAUAGAAUAUUAUACAUUAUUUUUUAAGGCCCUUGUACAGUGUUCUACGUGUUUGCGCAAUUUCUGUUUGGAGUGCGGUAAACAACAUGAGCAACAAAAUAUCAUGGAAAUGAGGGCGAUCAAACACUUAAUGAGGCCACUGUGGGAGGCUACUAGAGUACGACGAACGAUUUUGUGCCAGAUACACCCGAUGCACGCUUUAAGAUUUUAUUGCAUUGCAUGCCAACAGGUAACGUGUAAAGAAUGUAUGUGGAGUAUGCAGCACAGAGGUCAUGCCACUGAAGAUGCCAUCGACAUAGGAAAACGAGCUACCGCAUACUUAACAAUGUUGUUGCAAAAAGCGAGAAUAUAUGUAAAUAAUUUGUUGAUUCAGUAUAAUCAUGAUGUAUUCUCGAAUAACGGUUUUGAGGAGCAACAAGAUGUAAGCAAGAUUCACAGGUAUGUGCAACUAUGACUUUACAUUAGAAUUGUGUAUGAAUAAUUAUUCCUCAAAAGAAAACCCGAAAUAUUCCAAAAAUUUGUCAAAUUCUAUUUAUAUAUAUACUUGUAUUAUAUACAAGUAUUAUAUAUAACAUUUUAAUAUAUAGGACCAUACAAAAAUUAAUUUACAUUAAUAUUGAUACACUGUGAUACGCAAUUGUCAUGUGAUUAACAAGAAAAUAAUUAACAAAUAGAUUUAAAAAUAUAUAUAUAUAUAUAUAUAAAGCGAUAAUUGUCAUUUGAGGUAUAAAGUAUUGCAAGGAUUUAAUUUCUCUACUGCCAAUUUAGGAUGUAUUAUAUAUAAGAUUAGUAAGUUAAGUCGCGGAUUUUUGUAACUAAUUAAUUAUUGUAAUAUAUGGAUGUACAGAAUAUAAAAGAUACGUAGUUUAUAUUAUAUAUAAACAAUUCUC